CUCCUCCUCCUCCUCCUCCUCCUCCUCCUCCUCCUUCCAGAACGCUGUUCGCCACAACUUGAGUCUGCACAAGUGUUUUGUGCGCGUGAGAACGUGAAGGGAGCAGUGUGGACCGUUGACGAGGUCGAAUACAAAAGAGGAGACCACCAAAGAUGACAGGAAGCCCCACUCUGGUGAAGAACAUGAUUUCCGGCCUGGGCUUUGGCUCUCUGAAUGCCAGCUACCAGGCGGCCCUGGCGGAGAGCAGUCUGUCCCUGCUCAACCCGUCGCUGGUGAACCCGUCCGCGGCCAGCCUCAACAUGCUGCACGUGGGCCACGAUGAUGUCAGCUCCACCGUGGAGCAGGUGAACAGCAACAGCAGCUGCAGCCCCACGCUCAGCCCCCAGCAGUACAGCCACCAUGUGCAUGUGAAGGAGGAGCCUACUGAAAUAGAGGAGGACUGCCGGCCCAUCUCUCUGCUGGCCCAUGUCACUCACAGCCUGCCGAUGCCUAGCGACGACCGGGACAUGGAGGAGGAUCUUCCUACUGAGGACCUGGAGUAGUGAUUGGUCAGGGCUGGCAAGUAGGGGCGGGACUCAGCGAGGAAAGGAAAAAAACAACCGCACCAAAAUCCUGAGCACCCCGCUGGUCUGCUGCUGUGCCAGCGUUGAGCGGUCGAAGAGAGAGAUCUGCUUAAAAAAUGAAAGAGUGAAAAGUUUUUUUUAUGACGAAAAAAGAGAAUGCAAGCAACCAACAGCGACAUUGAGAGACUCGAAACAGGGUUGAAAGUACCUCUGUUAGUUUUCACACGCAAAAACUCUGGGGAAAUGCUUUAACUACAGGCGUUAAGUUUCCUCACCCGACUCAGUCAUGUUAAUGCCACUCAACGUGUGCACUCACACACACACACACACAAAUCCGCACAUGCACACAAAACACUCAACACAGAAACACACACAGACACAAAGAAACACAGUUGUUCUCACUUGAGCGUUUCCAUGCCUCCUCAUCCUCCUCCUCCUCCUCCUCCUCCCCCUGAUGGAAUCAGCUUGUAACUAGAGAUCGCCUGUUGUCUGGACACACUCUCACUCCCUCUCCCUCCCUCCCUCUCCCUCGCCCACUCCGCUGCGCUCUGCAUCGUUGGGCAGACAGUCGACACACCACUUUAACUGCUGUCUGUUGGAGGAGCCGCUCUGAUUUUAACUAUCUGAGUGGGGCGUACUGAUGAUGCUGUGGGUGUGUCACACAGGGAGAGAGAGAGAGAGAGAGAGGGGGGGGAGGGGAGAGAGAGGGAGAGAGAGAGAGAGAGAGAGGCACUCACAGCCAUCAGACCACCUGUACAUACAGUAGAGGGGAAGAGUCAAGAGGGACUGUGCUGUAUACCUCUUCACCAGUUCCCCCUCUUUCAGUGUGUCACUCGCUGUCUUCUAUUUGGUUCAUUCCUUUUGUUUCUUUUCUUUUUAUCCUCUGAUGUGCUUCGAGGCUUUGAGUCUUUUUCUUGUUGUCGGGAGAAAGAAGUGGGAGCAAGGCAGAAAGGAAGCUAGAAGGAAGAGAAGGAAGAAGAAAGUGAGAGAGGGAGAGAAGGAAAGAAGAUGAGCACUCUCAAAGAUUGCCUCAAACGAGGGGCGUGUGCUUCAGUCGUGGAGCUGGUGGUAACCAACAGAAGGAUACCCCCCAUCCCCCAACCCCCCCACACAGCCCCCUCCAACUGGCCCCUGACCCUUCCACUACUCCCAGACAACGCUGUAUAACGAUGGAUCUUUUCUCCGCUCACCCCACCCCAAAGAAAGACCUGAUCAAUAGGACUAUUCUUGGUGCUGUCCUUUUUAAGUUUCCCCCUCUGUCUGCCGAAGCGAUGAUGACCAUGUAAUGUUCUGAGAGACCCGAGAGAGAGAGAGAGAGAGAGAGAGAGAGAGAAGGGGAGUGAAUGAGAGAGGACACCAAGAGGGCGAAGAGAAAGCAUCCACAGAGAUAUUGUGACGAUUAAAAAAACCUGUUGAUUAUAAUGGAAUAUAAAAAAAAAAAAAUGUGGUAGCUUUGCCAUUUUUCUUUUCUUAACGUGUUACGAUCAUGAUUUUUUUUUUUUUUUUGAGGAUCAACAUUUCCAUGGUGACAUUCUGUUUUUUAACAUAGCUUUUUAAAAGAAUGCUAGGUUGUUGUUUUUUUAUUUGUCGUGUAUUUGGAUUCCAUGUUUUGUUUUCUCUGCUUGUUCACACCAUUCCAAAUGAGUAUUGGCAGGAAAGAAAGCGCAGUAUUGUUCCUUAUUUCACCCCCUUCCCAACCUACCUACUUCUGUACCCCCAAGCGUAGCAGGCAUGAAUUUGGAAAUAGCACUUAAAGUUGCCAUUAUCCAGACAAAAAUAUUUAAAUGUUCAUUUCUUUCCUAUCUUUUAUUUCAUUUUCUUCCUUAUUUGCUUUUUUGUGUAGUUUAGUUGAGGAACAUCAGUAAUGCUUUAAAAAGAAGUCUAUAUAUAUUAUUAUUAUUGCGGUCAGAGAAUACCUCAUCCCACAAAGGUUCUGCCCCUAAACUGUGUCCAAAUUGUUAAAGAAAUAAGGGAGAACUCUUUCCGUGGGACACCAAAUGUGGCGACUCUGCUCAGCUUGGGUUUCAAAGCUCUAUGGUUGUAAUAGUUACUGUGUAGAAGCUGUCUGCAAUUCACUGUGUGAGUUUGUGUCAAAGGAAUAGCAUGUGAGAUUUUCUUUCUUCUUAUUAUUUUUUGUUCGCAUUAGCGUGUUACUUUCCUCUACAGUGCCAUACCAAAUCAAACGUUUUCUUUCCCGUCUUAUUUUUGUUACAGGUAACCAAAGAAAUGUGUAGAAAAACCAAAAACCCUGUAUUUUAUGUUCCCCUUAUGAUUUUAUUUCUUUAUGUUUUGUUUUUACGGAACUGGCCAAAAGACAACCAACUGGUAGUUUGAGUUCUUAUUAAUGUGUUAUCAUGUAAUUAUUAUGUUGGAAUUAUUCAUUACUUACAGCGCUGACCAUUCCGAAAACCAAAGUAUGUAAUGCAGACUAAACAUUUUGGUGACAUCAAAGCUUUUACGUGGCGAUUGGUUUAGGGAAUAACUCACAUUAGGACUGAGACCAAAAAAAAGAAUUACAAAAACGAAUUACAAAAAAAUAACAGUAUUAGUUCUGACAGCUUUUACGGAGAGAAGUGAGAAAAAAAGAUUUAAAAAAAAGCAAAGCACUUCAAGGUGAAACCGAGUCUGUCCCAUGCUCAGGCUAAACCGUGUUCCAAACACAACACUAAGAGAGGCCCUGAGCAGCCUAAACACUGAGGCACUCCUGGCACACUUGAAUGCAACAUUUAUUUUACUUUUGCAAAACCUAUGAUGCCAGCAAAAGAAAUGACAAAUACGAAAAAGUACAAUAUUUGUCAGGAUUAUUAUAUUUUUCCGUGUGCUGUAGUUAAACAUCAUACCGUAACUCCUUAUUUAACUCAAAUACUUCAAUAUAAUGUCAAGGAAAAUCGUCAAUGGUCAACCGAUGUUAAAGGAAAACAACCAAGGGAAUUCAUGGGAAUUAACGCUGGGAAUGUUUUUUGUUUUGGAUAACUUUUGCACUUGGGAAGGUUUUCUUAUUAAAUGAAAGAACUGUUGUGAAGACAUUGUGUUCGGACAGGGCUGUUUCCUAUGACACCAGAGACUGAUUUCUAACCAAGUACAAAGUGGCAGACAGGACAUCUUGAAAUAAGAUAUAAACCAAAAAUAGCACUACCUCCUUUUACAAAACCGUUCAAUACAUAGCCAGAGGAAAACUCUCUUAACAAAGUAAUUUUUUCCACCAUUUAUUUUUUGUUUCUUAAUAAUAACGAAUACCAAAAUUGUUGUUACACUUACUGUAUGACUGAAAAAAAACAGAACAGAGACACAAUCUGGAUUCCCUAACGCUAACUGCUUGAGCCUGAAAAACAAAGAGACGUUUCACUUUUCAUGGAGUAAAAAAAAAUAUGUCUACCUCUCCUUUCACCACAUCUAAAGCACUCUCUAGGUCCCGGCGUGUUGUGAAGUGGUCAACAUAUUUUAAAGGCUUACUCUCAGCGCUAUCAUGUUGACCAUCUCUCGCUCUUUCUCUAUCUCUCUCCCUCAAUCUCUCUCUCUCUCUCUCUCUCUGUUUCUUUCUCUCUCUGCGCCCCAAUUAUCACCGAGCUCUGUGAGCAGCCUCCCUAAUUGUGCACUCAGAAAACACAUGCGAGCAUGUUGAUGAGCAGGCCCUGUGAAUAGCCAAUAGGAAACCCUGGCUGUUGUGACCGGUGACUCAGUGCGGCUGGUCGUGAUGGUGUGUGUGUGUCGGGGGGUGGGGUGGGGGGCUAAUGACGGGCAGAAUAUAUUAGUGCCACAAGGAUAUACAAUACACACACAUGCACAUAAACCGCACAUAUAGUGAGUACAGACGGGAUUUGCCAGGCACAGACACAAGCAGCGGGGAGACUCGCCACCCGAACGAGAGAGAGAGAACAUCCAAAGACACUAACGGAAGCAGUCACAGAGAACAUGCUGGAACAACAACACUUAAUGAUCGGCUUACAAAACACACACCGAGAGACACAUGCUGCGUACAGUACAUAGACGUUCUCUGACUCGUGCUUUAAGGUACACCUGUAAACCAAGCUGUUUUAUAAAAAGAUUAUAGAUUGACGUGAGUCAAUGGUGUUCACAGGUUUGCCAUCUAACACUCCUAUUUCCUUCUCCAGCUUAGCAUAACAUGAUGUAUUCUUGUAUAUUAACUCUCUCCAGGGCAUUUUUUUCCCCCACUUUUCUUCUUUAUGAUUUCUGUUCUUUAUUGGGGGGGGGGGGUGUUUUUGUUUUCCCCUGCUCCCGUUUAGCUAUUGUAAAGCUUCCAGCUCUGAUUCCUAUACUGUACUGCUAUUGCUGAAGUAUAUGUAUUUAUCAUAUUACGUGCUGCAGGUAUCUUGGUUUAAGUUUUGUCUGUUUAUUUUCGUUGCCAUUUGUUUUCCAUUUUUCAGUUUGUUUCAAAAAAAAGAAAAAAACGUCUGGGACGCUGAUUUUUUAAGUGUAUUAUCUCAAAAAAAUUAAAAGAGUAAAGUUAGAUCAGUGGUUUAGGUAACACCUGUUUGUAUAUUUAUCUUAGCUAGGUCUAUUUUGAUACUUUUUGUCUCUGUACUGCAUUUAUGCAUUUUUAAGGAAAGACAAAAACAAUGGAAAACAAACUAAAGAGUUACUUCGUUAUGUAAUGAUACCUCAGAAGGACUUUCUCCUCAAAGACAGGACCAAAACCUCCAAACAAGGCAAAACGAGAAAGAGGAAAAUAAUGUUAGAAUAUGUAGCCCCCUUUUCUGCUCGAGGGAAAUAAUGGCGCUAUGUAAACCUAUGACUGUUGGUCCUUUCAGGUGCCAAUAGGUGUCCAUGCUCCCUGUGAUCCCGCCCCCUGACCACCUCAACCCUGUCAUUCCUGUGCUAAACUCUGACCCGCAGAGCUGUCAAUCACCCACAGGUGCAAUGGGGAGGUUAUCAUCGAGUCUGGUUUGCAGCGACGAGUCAUUAGCCUCAUUUGGCAGUCCCUUAGAGCUAUUUAGGGACCAACACUGUUGCAUUUUUGAUAUUCUCCACACUCUCUCUCUCUCUCUCACUCACUCACUCUCGCUCUCUCUCUCUCUCUCUCUCUCGCUCGUAUACAUUAGAUCAAUACCAAAAUGUGGUACGGCUUUUAGAAACGCAGCAUCAUCCUCUCGACUACCAAAGGCAUUGAGAGAAACUGUUGCUAACUCCAAACUUGUGAACUUAUAACCAAACUGUAAAACCAAACCAAUGCCACUAACGUAACCAAACGAAGCCAAGCCACUUCCAAAACCCUCCAUCCACUUUGCUCACGCCGCUAGCCCUCAUCCGCCGUGCGCCAGCCACUCCCUCUCGUCCCCCCCGUGGGUGACCGACUCACGGGACCCAUGGACCCACAAAACCCCUGCUGUGUGAUUGGACAGUUCUGUGGCGUCGUCCUUAACGAGAAGGGGUCGAGGGACUCUCAAAACGAAGCAUUGCCUGACGGUAUUAGCAAGUAAGAAUGGCGGGAAUCCAAUGGAACUACCACUUCAGCUCUCCUUGGGUUCGUCCUUGGGAAAGUGUGUAUAUUUACAGCAGUGACGCUCUGUAUCAUUUCCUAGUUUUUCUGUUGACCUGUUUUCUCCCUCUCUCUUUUAGCCAAUUUUUUUUAUUUUGUUUGUUCUGUUUUAUUUUUUUUUCCAUUUUGUUUGAAAGUGUGACCCGGGUCAGGAGGCCGGGGGCAGCGGGCGGGGUGGUGUUUUAGACGGAUGACUCCCGCCACCCUACACCCCUCUGCAACCCCCCACCCUUGGGGGGCCAUGUAAUGCCAGUCACUGCCCUUUUCCUUCAUGCUGUAUAAAGAACACACACAUAUAUCUGUGUAUUUGUAACCUGAAUCUUCUUGUGUCUGUCCAUGCAGACAAUAAAAAAACUGUACAGUAGGUCUAGUUGCAUGUAAUCUGUACUAAUUAUUGACAAUGGCAUUAUAAAAUGCAAUAAAAUACUUAUUACACUGUC